AUGCCUUUCUCCUGGUCCUCGAGCGGACGAUCUGUACUCAAGCUCAACAUACGUCACCUGUGGCUCUUCGGAGUGUGGCCCUUAGGUAAUUUCCGUCUUUUCGAACUGUACGUCAUCUUCGUUUUCGCACUGGGCAUCUGGAACUUCGUCGAAGGUUCGCUGGCUGUCUCCUUCAGCUGGCGAGACCUCGAAGCCACAACGCUAGUGCUGACCAACACCUUCACCAUGUGCAGCGGUAUGGUGAAGAUGGCCUUCUUCACGCGGGACCGAUGGCGGUACAAUUCGAUGGCCCGCCGUGUCGACUCGCUGAUGUUGACUCAGAAGGAUCCCAGCUCCAGCGAUCCUGCGCUGGAGAACAUUGUCCACAGGUCCCGCAGGCGAGCGGGCCGCCUCACGCUGGGAAUGUUGCUGUUCAUGGCUUCGCAAGGCCUCGUGUGGUUCCCGAUGCCGUUAAUCGCCCACCCCGGUGAGCGGCGCCUGCCCUUCGUGCAGCACCCCUGGGACAACACUACCAGCUACUACGAGCUCUCGUACGCCGUUCAGUGUUUGACAGGCAUGUGGAUGGCCGAAGUUAGCUUCGGCAUGGACUGCCUGUUCGCGACGAUCAUGAUACUGGUAGCCGCACAGCUAGAGGUGCUCGCGCUGAGGAUUGGGAAGCUGAGGAUGAGCGAGAGUGGAGCAGGUGAAGGUCGCCCAUGGCGGAGUGCAUCUUCCGUGGCUCACGACAAAAUGUACAGCGACCUUUGCCUUUGCAUCGAAAGUCAUCAGGAAAUUCUCAGGUUCGUCAGGCAUCUAAAUGGCACCAUGAACCCAAUAGCAAUGACGCAGUUUGUCUUCAGCGUCCUCGUCGCCUGUUUGGCGCUGUUCCAGGCUACAUACAGCGCUGACAUCACGGCAGUUAUUAGAUGCGUCUCUUUUCUUCCCAUUCCUGGAGGUCAGGUGUAUCUCUAUUGUUGGGCUGCUCACCAUGUAACAGAACAGGCGGAGGCGGUUUCGACAGCAGCGUACGGCUGUUCGUGGGUGGACGCGGGAACACGCUUCAAGCACGCUCUGAGGAUCCUCAUCAGCCGCGCCCAGAAACCGCUCAUUCUCACAGCCGGAUACAUCUAUCCGAUCAACAGGGAAGCGUUUCUUUCGGUCAGUACGUAUAAGCUCAUCUGCUGCAUCGCACAACAGCCUCUUGAAGCAAUAGAAUUUACCGGCAUGGGUAUCAGUUUCUUUGGUGGUUGUUAUGGGCCAAAAGUCUAUACAUCUCUUACAAAUAGCAGACUUCUGCCUAAAUGCUAA